UCUCGGCUUCCUUCCGUGACCGCACAUCGCUAAUCCCAUCUGCCUCGCAACGAGCUUUGCCCCCAUUGACGCUACCUUCUACUUUACGUGACGCUGGGCCCGGAGUAUUUCUUCCGUAAGCGAGGUUCUUAUCGGCUUUCAGGACUCCGCUGCUCAGAUCCCAUUUUCACAUGUCGGAGUCGGGCCACAGUCAGCCUGGAUUGUAUGAACGACGCCGUCGCUGGAAUCGGGAGAAAGAACUGGGUCACCAAAGCCUGUCUGGACCAGGGCGAGAGCGUGACUAUGUCCCCUGGGACCGGGACCGGGACCGAGACCGGCGGGAACCGAUGGAUGAACCAGUGGGGACAAUGAUGCAGAAGACACCCAUCAUUCUGGCCAAACCUCCUGCAGAAAGGUCCAAGGUGGCUCCAGCCUCCGCUCCUGGCCCAGCACCUGCUGCUGCUCCUCCUAUGGAAAAGCCCAUUGUGCUGAUGAAGUCCAGAGAGGAAGGCAAAGGCCCUGCCGGAACCACGGAGGUGUCUGCUCAGCCCCCAGCAGCUGUGGCCAAGGUGGAGAAGGAAGGCCAGCGUCCCACCCAGCCAGUCUAUCAGAUCCAGAAUCGGGGUAUGGGCUCGGCUGCAUCCAGCGGCGUUAUGGACCCUGUGGUUGGCCAGGCAAAGUUGUUAGCCCCGGAGAAGAUGAAACAUAGCAUCAAGCUAGUGGAUGACCAGAUGAACUGGUGUGACAGCGCUAUUGAGUAUCUCCUGGACCAAACAGAUGUGCUUGUAGUUGGGGUAUUAGGACUGCAAAGUACUGGGAAGUCCAUGGUGAUGUCACUGCUAUCAGCCAAUCAACCUGAAGAAGAUCAGAGGACAUACGUGUUUCGCACUCAGAGCCAAGAAAUCAAGGAGCGUGGGGGCAACCAGACCAGCGGCAUUGAUUUCUUUAUUACUCAGGAGCGAAUCAUCUUCCUGGAUACUCAGCCCAUUCUCAGCCCCUCCAUCCUAGACCACCUGAUCAAUAACGACCGCAAGCUGCCGCCGGAGUACAAUCUACCCCAUACCUAUGUUGAGAUGCAGUCCCUUCAGAUCGCUGCCUUCCUCUUCACCGUCUGCCAUGUGGUGAUUGUGGUACAAGACUGGUUUACUGACUUGAGCCUAUACAGGUUCCUUCAGACAGCUGAAAUGGUAAAGCCCUCCACGCCGUCUCCCAGCCAUGAAUCCAGUAGCUCCUCUGGCUCCGAUGAAGGGACAGAAUACUACCCACACAUCGUUUUUCUCCAAAACAAAGCCAAGAGGGAAAAUUUCUGUCCUCGGAACCUGAAGCAGAUGCAUAUCGUUAUCGACAAGAUUAUGAUGCAUUCACACCUGAAAUACAAAGGUACUCUUUCCAUGCUUGAAUGUAACAUUUUCCCUGGCCUGCCACAGAGCUACCUGGACACAGAGGUCAACCUGUUCUUACUGCCCUUCAUGGAUUCUGAAACAGAUGACGUGUUACCCAGAGCAACCCCGGGAAGUGGCCCUCUCUUCUCCCUCCUUCCCGGAUACAAAGGACACCCCAGCUUCCAGUCUCUGAUUGCCAAGCUUCGGAGCCAGAUGAUGUCCAUGUCCCGGCCUCAGCUCUCCCAUACCAUCCUGACAGAAAAGAACUGGUUCCACUAUGCAGCACGCAUCUGGGAUGGCGUCAAGAAGUCCUCUGCUCUCUCCGAAUAUAGCCGGCUGUUGGCGUGAGCACAGCGUCUCCAUACUGGGACUGCUGAGAGAGGCAGCUCCAGCCCUGAGCUGGAGCAGACCAGGGUAUCUGCCCCCUCCACGCCAAGGAUGAUGUGUCCCCCAGAGAGGGGAGCUGCACUCCUUCGGUGGUGCCAGGCAGGAUAUAAGAGGAAAAAAUGCAGGGGUGGCUUUUCAUCCCUAGAGGACGGCCGUUCUGCCUCCUGUUGAAAAUGGAUCUUGUCCCUUGGGAUCUGGCCUAGAUGGGAGGGCCUCUCCUGUACUAAAAGCCAUUCCAGAGCUGCCAGUGUCCUUCGAACAAGGAAGUGUCCGAAGACCAUCUGCAAUCUCCUGGUGGGAGGGGGGACAGUGGAACCCCUCUGCAUUGGAAUAGCAGGUGAGGCCAAAGGUCGAUGGGGAGUUAGUGUCGUUUGCGUAGUCACAGGGUGUCCCCCCUACUUCAGUGUGUCGCUCAUAAAAGCUUUCAUUUUGUGGGGCAUGUAUCUUGCCUCUUAUCUCUCUAUUCCAGCCUGUGUCCCUUGCCCCCGUUUGGCCCUGUUUUUCCUGGUCCUCUGAUGCAAGCUGGGCAGACCUCUCCUUUUUGCAUGGAUGGUUAUUCUUGUUUAAUAAACUGUAGAAGCU